AUGGAGAGGAUCUUUUCCACCAAACAACGCCAAAGGGGAAUAACAUUCUUCACGUUGCGGCUCAAGGAUCGUCCCUUCUAUGGCAAGGUAACUACAAAGGACACUCCUUUACAUGUUGCUGCUAAAGUGGGAAAUGACCAUGCAGUUCGAGUCUUCACAGAUUUGGCAAAAUCACUAGAUCAACUUGAUGCAUGCAAAGAGCUACUUAGGAGACCAAAUAAUAACAAGGAUACCUCACUACACUAUGCACUAAGAGGAGGUCACGAGUCGGUUGUGAAGUUGCUGAUUGAAGAAGAUCCUCAACUAUGUGAUAUUGGUAAUGCUGUUGGUGAGCACCCACUUUAUCUCGCAGCACAUCAAAGACUUUCGGAUAUUAUUGAGCCAAUUUUACAUGCUUCCUCGUCGCCAUGCUUUCAUAGAGGCCCUAAGGGAUUGACAGCUCUGCAUGCCGCAGUGCACUACUCACUAUCAAUUCGACGGCUUUUGCAACAUGAUACUUCUGUGGUAUACGACUUAGACAAAGAGGGGGAAUCAGCUCUUCACAUUGCAGCAUUCCGUGGCCAUGUCAAUAUCAUUAAAGAGCUUCUUACAUCUUGUCCCGAUGCUUAUGACAUGAUAAACAACAAAGAGCGAACGGCUCUUCAUUCAGCUGUCAUCGGUGGACGAGCAAAGGUAGUCAAGCACAUACUAAGGACGCCAAACCUAGAGGAUGUUAUUGACCAACAAGACACUAAUGGAAACACGGCUUUGCAUUUGGCCAUGCUUCACAAAGAAUACCUUAUCAUCGUGCCCACACUUGCAAGAGAUAAGAGGGUGAAUUGUUUUGCCACAAACAAGGAUCACAAGACCGCCCUUGACAUUUUUGCGUCCACUUUGUAG